AUGAAUAGGUUGUCAUUAUCUUUGUUCUCCAUUUCAUUUUUCAUAAUUGGUUCUUGGGCUGUGAUAAAUCUUCCUGGAUCAUGGCCACUUCUAGACAUCCCACCGCCUCCAGAUCCUUCAUGGAGUGCACUCGUUAAUCAAACUUCUAUAUUGAAUAUUCCUCUCUCAGGUGCAACAUGUCCUAUCACUCCAUAUUGUAGCUGGCGAUGUGCUCCAAAAUGUACGCGUAGCACCGAUGUCGUAUAUUGCCCGCGAAAAAAUGGUCUC